AUGGAUCUUGUGACUGGGGCAAUUAGUAACCUCGUUCCCAAGCUGGGGGAGCUGCUUAAAGAGGAAUACAAGCUGCAGAAGGGUGUGAGGAAGCGAGUGGAGUAUUUACAGAUAGAGCUCGAGAGCAUGAGUAUUGUCCUCCACAAGGUGGCCCAGCUAAUGCCGGACCAGCUCGAUGAGCAGGUCAAGGCAUGGGCCCGUGAAGUAAGGAAGGUGUCAUAUGACAUGGAAGACAUCCUUGACACCUUCCUGGUUUGUGUGGAGCGGCAUGAGCCUGCUACCAUGGACAGGUUCAAACGCCUCCUGGAGAAGAUGGCCAAACUGUUCAACAAAACCAAGGCACGCCAUAAAAUCGCCACCGCCAUCAAAGAUAUCAAAAAGCAGCUCCAGGAGGUGGCUGACCGGCGUGGCAGGUACAUGGUUGGUGAUAUUAUUGCUAAGUCUACUGUAACAAUUGUUGAUCCUCGCCUAUCGGCUCUGUAUAAUGACGUGACAAAGCUUGUUGGUAUCAACAAGGCAAGCGAUGACCUCAUAUCUAUGCUGUCACCCCAAUGUGAUGAUGGGGCAUACAUGAUGGACAAGGUGAAGAAAGUCUCUAUUCUUGGACCUGGUGGAUUGGGCAAGACCACUCUGGCCAAAGCAGUGUAUGAGAAACUUAAAAUAGGUUUUGGCUGCCGGGCCUUUGUUCCUGUUGGCCGGAAUCCUGACAUUAAGAAAGUUUUCAAGGACAUUCUCAUUGAUCUUGACAAGCAACACUACACAACAUGUUUCAAUAUGAUGAUACUAGAUGAAAGGCAACUCAUUGAUGAGCUUCGAGGAUUUCUCAAGAACAAAAGGUACUUCAUUGUUAUUGAUGACAUAUGGGAGACACAAUCUUGGGAAACAAUCAAGCUGGCUCUGAUUGAGAAUAAUUGUGGAAGUAGAAUAGUUAUAACUACUCGUAAAUUCAGAGUUGCCACGGAAGUCGGUGAAGUUUAUAAUAUAAACCCGCUUUCAGAUGAUGAAUCUAGAAAGUUGCUCUAUUCAAGGAUAUUUGGAAUUGAAGCUGAUUGUCUUGGUAAUUUACCAGAUAAAGUGUCUGAUAAGGUAUUAAAAAGAUGUGGUGGUGUACCAUUAGCUAUCGUCACAAUGGCUAAUUUGUUGGUGGGUAAACCAAUUGAGGAAUGGCCUGUUGUGCACAACUCUAUUGCCUUUAGUAGCCAUAAAGAUAACCAUCACAUUGAGAGUACAAUGAGAAUAUUGUCUUUUAGCUACUAUGAUUUGCCUUCUCAUCUAAAGACAUGCUUACUAUAUCUAAGUAUGUUUCCAGAUGAUUCGGUUAUCAGUAAAGAUCCUUUGAUAUGGAAAUGGAUAGCAGAAGGUUUUGUUUGUAAUGAAAAAGGAAUUGGGUUAUUUGAGCUUGGAGAGCAAUAUUUCAAUGAACUCAUAAAUAGAAGCAUGAUCCAGGCUGUGGAAUUAGAAGAACAAGAAGGCAUCGUACAAGGUUGUCGAGUUCAUGAUAUGGUGCUUGAUCUCAUUCGUUCAUUGUCACAUGAAGAGAACUUCCUCUGUAUAUUAGAUGGAUUAGAUAGAGAAGAAACAUUACCACAAAGCAGCGUACGCAGGCUAUCCCACCAAAAUAGAACUGUGGAACAUAACCCUCAAGCUAGAAAUACGAGCAUGCCACAACUGAGGUCAUUUGUUACCUGUUAUUGUGCUAUUGGCAAGAUGAUCCCACUUUUGAGCUUUCGAGUAUUACGUGUGCUAGCUAUUGAGUAUUGCGAGUUUAAGGAAGGUUACCAACUUGAGCAUCUUGGGAAUUUAGUUCACUUAAGGUACCUUGGACUAAUAGAGACAAACAUCCGUGUGCUCCCGAAAGAAAUAGGACAUUUGAGGUUUUUGCAGAUACUGCUGUUGAAUGGAACGGGGAUAGAAGAACUGCCAUCAAGCCUCCGGUUGCUGCCACAAUUGAUGUGCCUACGUGCUGACUGGAAGACGAGAACACCAAAUUGGAUAGGGAUGCUUACAUCCCUGGAGGACCUAUGGAUAUACCGUGGUGCCGACGACAGGUCUGCGAGGCGGUUUGUGAAGGAACUGGGCAGCUUAACAGGACUGCGAGUCCUCCGUGCUGGCAUUGCUGUGUUGGAUGAGAACAUGGAGAGAGAUUUGGUGAAGUCACUAUGCAAUCUGAGGAAGAUCCAGUAUCUACAACUAGAAAUUAUACUUCCAGGUAUUGAUGAUAUUGUGGAUGCUUCACCCUGGAUGAGUAAAGUGAGCUGGGAGGCUGAAGGCUUUGUCCUCCCUCGGCAUCUCAGAUGUCUGCUGCUAGGAUGCAUUGUCUUCUCAAGUCUGCCACCGUGGAUUAAUCCCUCCUGUCUUCCCAACCUAUCACAAUUGUGUGUGCAUGUGGUUGACAUGGAUGAGCAGGACCUCAAAGUCAUUGGUACAAUGCCAGAGCUCCAUGAUCUCCUACUUCCAACAAGCUCCACGGUGACAAUCAGUAACAUUGCCGAAGGUGGGUAUUUCAAGAAGCUGAGGUCCUGUUCGAUGCUUUCUUCAAUGGUCCAGUUCCUGCGAAAUGAGGACUCCAGCGUUUUGUUUCAUAUGUGGAAUGGGGAGGAUGCUAUGCCGUUUGGUACUAAAAAUGAUGGUGAAGGCAGCAUAGCACCUACCAUUAUGCCAUGCCUUGAAUUUCUCGAAUUCUUUUUCUUCGUCCAGACCAUGAAGGAUUGCAACGGUUACUGCAGCAGUAUUGGUUUGGAAUACCUCACCGCACUUAAGAAAGUCACUGUCAGAAUUGGCUGCCAGGGUGCCUCUGUGGUGGAGGUGGAGGAAGCAGAGGCUGCACUGAGACGCGCUGCAGAGGUCCAUCCCAACCACCCCACCCUCGAGCUAAUCAGACAUUUUGAGGACAAGAUGGUCCUAGCAUCUGAUCAAUAA